UAUCUGGCAAGGAAUAGAUCAUUGCUGUAGACAAAAGAAGAAACAAGAGAAACCUGAGGGUCCCCCGCCCUACCAAUCGCAAUCUAACAUGCAUACACACACACCGUCAACUCCUCCCACUUCUAUGUAUUGUUGAAGUCAGGUGUUUUAGAACCUUCUUGCUCACCCUGGAACACUCCCAUACUACCCAUUGAGAAAUAAGGGACAAGUAAAUAUCGCAUGGCACAUGACUUAAGGGCAAUUAAUGACAUUUUAGCCACACCCACCAUUCCAGUACCAAACCCUGCACUCAACAACCUCACACCAGAACAGAAAUGGUUCACUUGUAUUGAUUUAGCUAAUGCGUUCUUUUGUGUACCUUUAGCUCAGGAGUGAAGGGAAAUUUUCUCAUUUACCUACAAGGGACAGCAGUUGCAGUACACCAGAGUACCACAAGGGUUUGCAUUGUCACCAGGAUUGUUUAAUCAGGUUCUAAAACAGGCUCUAAGUGGUUGUGAGUUACCAUCAGGUUGCACUCUGGUUCAGUAUGUUGAUGAUUUGUUGAUUGCAGCUCCAGAUCCUCAGUUGUGUGCUAAACCUGCAAAAAAUGUUUUGCUCAGGUUAGCGGAGAAAGGAUUUAAGGCUAGUAAAUCUAAGCUACAGGCUAUCAGAACUCAGGUUUCUUUCCUGGGGCGGGUAAUAUCACAGAAGGGGGCAGACUUGUCACAUGCACACAGAUCAACCAUCUUACAUCAUCCCCGUCCAGUCACAGUUAAAGACAUGCUUUCCUUCCUUGGUCUCACAGGUUACAGCAGAAACUACAUUGCAAAUUAUACAGGCCUCACACAACCACUUCGCAAAAUGAUAAAUGCACAAGGUAUGAGAAAUCUUAAAGCUCAGUUAGACUGGUCCAUUGAGGUGGAACAAUGCUUUAUUGACCUGAAGCAGAAACUGUCACAAGCGACGGAACUUGCUCUACCAGACUAUACACUUCCCUUCUCUUUAGAUGUUUCUGAAACAGAAGGGGUGGUAAAUGGUGUUCUGUUUCAGAAAAAAGGGGGGGCUAGACAAGUGUUAAUGUAUGUUAGCAUUAUGCUGGACUUAAUGGAAAAACGACAUCCUACAUGCACACAACAUGCAGCAGGCGUGGCAAAAAUUCUUCAGAAAACAGCCCAUAUAGUGAUGGGACACCCCCUGACGAUACUAACAACACACAGUGUGGUAGCAUUUGUAAACUCACAGACAUUCACCAUGACAUCUCUUAGACAACAGAGACUCUGUAAAAUAUUGGAAGCACCAAAUCUGACUUUCACACAUGAAGGCAUCAACAUGGCAGACAGAAUGGGGACAGGUGACCCACAUGAGUGCGAGAGAGAAAUCACAAAAGAUGUCAAGGUGAGACCAGAUUUGGAAGCUCAGCCUUUGCCAAGUUCAGAACAAUUAAUCACUGAUGGGUGUUGCUACAAACAUGACAAAUUAGGGUUGAAGACAGCAUAUGCGGUAGUCAGGCAGACAGAAACAGGAUAUGAAGCUAUCAGAGCAGAGCAACUGGAGGGACAGCAGUCAGCACAGAGAGCAGAAGUGGUUGCAGUGACAGAAGCCUUGAAAUGGGGACAGGGCAGGGACGUCACAAUUUAUACAGACUCAGCAUAUGCUGCAGGGGCAGUACAUGUGGAAAUGAGACAAUGGAUGAGAACAGGGUUCUUGACAGCAGGGGGCAAACCUAUCAAACAUGAGGAAGAGAUGAAAGAGUUAAUGGAGGCUUUGAAAUUACCAAGGAAGGUGGCAGUGGUAAAAUGUAGAGGACAUGAUCAGGCUAGCACUCCAGUAGCUACAGGGAACCAGGAAGCAGAUACAGCAGCAAAAAGGGUAGCAGGGUACUUGCAAAUGUACCAAAUGAUAACCAGUGAGGAGACUGAAUUACAACCCAAACUCACUGCAGAGGCAGUAAAAGAAUAUCAAAAGGGGGCGGGGGCCCAAGAAAAAGCAGUAUGGAUGCAGAGAGGAGCUACGGUGCAAAAUGGACUGUGGAGGGGGCUGGACAGACGAAUGGUCCUCCCACCAGGUAUCAGGGCAAGAGCCCUGAGAGAAGCACAUGGCUUGGGGCAUGUGGGGGCAAAGCAAAUGAAUAGGAACUUGUGUCAUUGGUGGCAUCCGUUCCUAGCAGAUAUGGCAAAGCAUUUUGUAAAAAGUUGUACAGUCUGUUCACAUUUUAAUCCGAAGCCGGUGGUGAGACCGGAAAUGGGGCAUUUCCCUAUUACAACCUGCCCUGGCCAGGAGGUGGUGAUAGACUAUACGGAUAUGAUUGAUCCGGUGAAAGGUUUUAGGUAUUUGUUGGUGUGUGUUGAUACAUUCACAGGGUGGCCAGAGGCGUGGCCAGCAAAAAAGGAGGACGGCGCUACGGUGAUAAAAUGUUUGAUUAAUCAUUACAUUCCCAGACAUGGUUUCCCAGCAAAAAUCAGAUCAGAUAAUGGUACUCACUUUAAAAACACAGAUCUACAAAGAGUAGAAGCGAUGCUGGGUUUGAAACAUUCAUUCGGCACUGUCUACCACCCCCAGUCACAAGGUAAGGUGGAGAGAAUGAAUCAGAACAUCAAACAAAAAUUGGCUAAAAUCUGUGCACAGACAAAACUGAAUUGGGUGGAUGCAUUACCCCUGGCCCUGAUGACAAUCAGGAGCUCCCUCAAUCAAGGAACAGGGUUUACACCAUAUGAGCUGCUGACAGGAAGACAGUUUCCGGGGCCCAGUGCCACUCUGGGACUAGGGGAAGAAGGGGAAAAAAUGGAACACAAGACAUAUUUUAACGAAUUACAAGCUCUUGUCUCAGAUUUCUCCAAACAGGUUGGCGAAAGGCAGGCGCUGACAGAAGGAUCCACUCUACCCACAGCCUGGUGGGUAUCACUGAGAGUCAACAAAAGGAAGUGGUCAGAGCCCAGGUGGACAGGACCAUUCGAGGUCACAGAGAGAACAUCACAUGCGGUCCGGGUAAAAGAUAAAGGCGACACCUGGUUCCACUGGAGCCAGUGCACGGUGGCCGAGGAGCCAGGACAGAGUUUGGAGGAGAUCGGAGCAGAUCUACGGCAACUACAAGCUGAAAGCACCGGCUCGGCUGAGUCGGAGAACACCCAGACCCCAACAAAAGAGGCAGAAUAAUCCUCUGGUCUGUGGUCGAAAGGUACAACCCCUGUACCCCGAGAGGAAUCACACUGUUAGCUGCAGGAGGGGAAGUGCUAGUAACUUCUCCUCUAGGUCAUAGAAGAGUGUGCUGGACGAACACAAUUCCCAGCCUGAAGUUGAAGAUGACGUCACAUCCUGAAGGAAAAGACUGUGAAGUGAUAUAGAGGGUUUUAAUCUCCUGAAACAGAGGUUGCUGUUUCAGUACAAAGAAAUAGAAAAGUUCCAGUCAUAAGAUGGGGAUGUGGGGCAGUCCUAAGGGGGCAGCGGUUACAACUGUAUUAGGAGUGUUACUUGUAAUUUAAAUUUGGUAUUUUACUAUCUCUUGCUACUUUUGCAGCUAUUAUUAUAACUUGUGGUUGUUGUUGUAUUCCAUGUGCCAGAGCACUAUGUGUCAGGAUUAUCACCUCCACAAUCCAGAAGCAGGAAGGCCCUAAACAAAUUAGUAUGAUGCCUCUUUUAGAUUUUACUGCCAAAAUGUUACUGCAGAUGAACAAGACAACAAAGUAACAAGCAACAAAGUUCACACUCAAAGUAAGAGUAUGAAUUGUAGUUUAAAUAUAGCCAGCAAUGCAUGAUGUCCAAUUUAUUGGACAGAAACAUACUCUUUAGUUGUUACUUGAGGUUGCCAAGCAUUUACCUGCAAGGGUCUCCUACUAUACAAGGAUUGGCAAGAUGUUCCUGAGCUGCUCAGCGUUUCUGGCCAUCCGUUGGGCAUUUUGGUUUUGAGAAAAUGGUGUUGCACUUAAAACAGCUGGCCAGUGGGUGGCAGUGUAUGGGAUGACAAACUAGCAUCCACUGUAGUGGCUGAUGUGCAACUACAUCAUCAAAACCCAUGCAUUUACAAGAAAACGGCUUUUGAAUAGCUGUCCACUGUAGUGACCACUAUAAAGGGAUUUAUAAACACCAUAAGACAAUCAAAAUGGAAAAUCAUUUUACACGUUGACACCACAAUGUGUUAAUGGGUUUGAACGUGUUGUUAACGCGUUGAUUUUUCACACAUUAACAACAUGUUAACAAUGUGUGAUCUCAGACAUCAAUUUCACAAAGUUCUAAACCAUUUGGCCACUUGUCUAGUUUGAACGGGUGAGUGUCAUAAGUUCUCACUGGGUGCUGAGCACCAGGGUUAAACCCUUUCUGUAAGCCUAGGGGUUGCCUUCCACCAUUUAACAUGCUAAGGAGCCUCUC